AAGGGUGGAUUUAUUUGGCUGAAUCCCUCAGUUGACCAUUGGGAGGAUGUGAAUGCUGCGUAUGGGGACUUCGCCGCUCUACUACCGCAACCUGAUUGACAAACAUCACCAACGCCCAUAAACUGGAUAUAGGAAAUGAAUCGAGUCGUGAAAAGAGUAUUUCUCUGAUAAUUGAGAAAAGAUACACCCUUUUCCGCGCACUGCUCGUGUAAUAGCGCAUGUUCGACUGUUCAAUAGGGGCGCGUGAUUUCAGGCUAUUUAGUCGUCUAUUGUAGAACUCACGUUCUGCUCAUUUUGGAUUGUUCUUUUCGCCGUGUGCUUUCUUUCAUCUCUAGGCUACUGUCCAUUUGCGUCCAUCCAAAAUGGCAACAAGAAUCGAUAAAGAGGCUUGCAGGGAAGCGUAUAACCUCGUCAGAGACGAUAACACGGAGAUAAACUGGGCAGCGUUUAAAUAUGAGGGCCAUAUGAUUGUGCCGGCGGGCCAGGGGACUGAUUAUGAAGAAUUCAAGAGUCAGUGCACAGAUGAUGUGCGUCUCUUUGGCUUUGUGCGGAUCACAACGGGUGACGCCAUGAGCAAGCGGGCCAAGUUCACCCUCAUCACCUGGAUAGGGGAAAACGUAAGUGGCCUGCAGCGUGCCAAGAUCAGCACUGACAAGACACUGGUGAAAGAUAUUGUCCAGAACUUUGCUAAGGAGUUCAUGAUCAGUGAUGCUCGUGAGCUGGAGGAGGACUACAUUCGCACCGAGCUGAAGAAGGCAGGCGGGGCCAACUAUGACGCCCAAGGAGAGUAGAGCAAAGUCCACAAGGGCAGGGGUGGGGCUGCUACUUUUUGGGGGAGGGAGGGGUCUUCAUGCCUGGAUGAGAGAGAGGGGGGGAUAUACAUACACACAUGCACAAACACACAGAUAAACACAACACACAGCAACAAAAAAAAACUCAUAAAAAAAGCACAUUGAGACACACUCAGACAUAUGCCUGCAGUCCUAUCCUCAGCCCUCUUACCAGUCAGGUCAUGGUUGAUUAUCUACUGUACUGUGCAUCAUCUCACUCAUCUCAGCUGCGCCACAACGUUUAGAACUAUCUCAAUCUGUGGUGCUGUGUUUGUGUUACAACUGGAAAAGACACGUUACUGUACUGUAUGUCAGAAGGGCAGAAUGAUUCUCUUUGUCUCUCUGAUUGGACUUAUCAUCAUUGUGCUUUUACUGUAUCUUCCUCUGUGGUUGUAGUCCAAACAUGCAUCAUUGGUCAAUAGAGGUCUUUCCUGCCCAGCGGUUUCGUCUCCCAAUCCACCCCCAAGGUAUACCCCACUGUGUUUACUGCCUUAAUCUCCCAUGGAGAGAAGGGCAUCAUGGGAGUUGUGUGUGUUUGUGGACACUACACUGUUAUUGGCUAUCCUCCACUCGGGGGGUGGGACUAAGAUUCGCCUAUGGAACACAAACCAAUAGGGCAGGGCUGUAGCACUGUCAGUCGGCCCAACCCAGGAGCAGCCAUCUAUCUCUCUGGUGUAGCCUCUUUUUAUUUGGAUUAAACCCCAAAAAUGAAUGUUUUUAUUUUCUCUAAGAGUUUAACCUUUGAUUUAUUCUUGAGAGCAAUGUUAUGUAGGAGAUUCACAGAGACAUUUAAAAACUGAACUGGGCACACGAUCAAUCAUUUCUGAAUAAAACCGUUGUUUGUUUUUUUCAA